AUGUAUAAUGACCUAGAAAGAUUCAUCUCUUUUACGGAAAGAGAAGGAUUUGAUAAAGAUCAAUUAAUUUUAAGCAGUUUAUAUCCAUAUAAUUGUGAUUUUUCAUUACUUGAAUUAUGUUGUUAUCAUGGAGCUGUUGAUUGUUUCAAGUUAUUACUAACGAACAAACUAUUAUGGGGAAACAGCUCUUCAUUUUGCAGCAGAAAAUAA